AUGGCUAAAAGCAAAUUUGAGUAUGUAAAAGAAUUUGAAACAGAAGAUAAAUGUCUUCCUAAUACAUGGAUUGUCGUUAGAGUCGACGGUCGAGGUUUUUCAAAAUUUUCUGAAAGAUACAAAUUUAAAAAACCUAAUGACGUAAGAGCUUUAAGUGUAAUGAAUGCCGCUGCUAAGGCUGUUAUGAAAGAAUUCCCAGAAAUAAUAUUAGCAUAUGGUCAAAGUGAUGAAUAUAGUUUUGUUUUUAAGAAAGACUCGACUUUGUAUAAUCGUAGAAUACAAAAAUUAACAUCAGUUAUUUCAAGUGCCUUCACAGCUUUUUAUAUUACUUUAUGGCCUAAGUACUUUGGAAACGAAUCCAUAACCACUCCACCUAUUUUCGAUGGAAGAGUGGUAUGUUAUCCAAGUGAAAAUAAUUUGAGAGAUUACCUAUCCUGGAGACAAACUGAUACCCAUAUUAAUAAUUUAUACAAUACAUGCUUUUGGAAUUUAGUAACUAAUAAAAAAAUGUCACAUAAAGAAGCUGAAGAACAUUUAAAAGGCACAGUUUCAUCAGAUAAAAAUGAACUUUUAUUUACCGAAUUUGGUAUCAACUAUAAUAAUGAACCUGAAGAAUUUAGAAAAGGAACUGUUAUUAUAAGAGGCUCAAAGAAAAAAUUAGAAACUCAUAAUUGUGAUAUUAUUGGAAAUAAUUUUUGGGAUGAUCAUAAAGAACUUUUGAAUUCGGUGCCACCACAACAAGUUAAAAAUCAAACCUAA